GUGCCAUCUGUCAUGGCGAGGAACCUCGCCGUCGUCCUCCUCGUCCUCGCGGCGCUGGCCGCGGUCUCGUCGGCGACCACGCUGACCAUCCACAACCUCUGCCCGCACCCGGUGUGGCCGCUCGUCAGCCCCAACUCCGGCCUCCCCUCCAUCUCCGACAACACCGCGCGCCUCGACACCAACGCGCUCCUCUCCCUCUCCUUCCCGUCCACCUUCUGGGCCGGCCGCGUCGUCAUACGCACCUCCUGCGGGACCUCCUCGCCGCCGCGCGGCUGCUGGACGGGCGAGGCGCCGCCGUCCUCCGUCGCGCAGAUCACGGUUCACGACGGCGGGAACCUGGACCGCGCCGCGUACAGCGUGAGCCUCGUGGACGGCUUCAACGUGCCGAUGGUCAUCAGCCCGCAGGCCGUCGGCGGCGGGCAGUGCCCCGCGCUCGGCUGCGCCGUCGACCUCAACUGCGACUGCCCGCCCGACCAGCGCGCCGCCGAGGGCGCCGCGUGCCGUGGGACCCCGGCGUACUUCAAGAACCGGUGCCCGCUGACGCGGACGACGCCGACCGACGUGGAGCCCGUGCCGCAGAGCUGCCGCGCGCCCGGGGAGCUCAAGAUCGUGCUCUGCCAGACGUCCAUGAUCCAGCACGGAGCCGGGGAGGCCGACAUGGUCAUCCGCACCGUCGUCGCCGACAACUAGAGCUCUCUGGCACUGCAGUGUCCUGCCCGCUUUGCCGUAUUAUUACGCCAUGCACGAUCACUCGAUCAGUGUAGACGUUUUUUAGUUAAAUAAAAGUUCGUAAGAGUUAAUUUAAGUGUCCGGUUUUGGCAGAAAUGUCACAGUUGAAUGUGUGUAUCUAGAGCUUCAGUUUCGUCUUCUGUAAUCCCGGUGUGGGUAGUAAUGCGAGUUGGAGUACAUUGUUUUUUCUCUCUCCAACUGCUAA